UAAAACGCGAAAACAAAGUCUAUUAUGAAAAUGACAUGCUGCUGGGCUGCGUGCAGUUCCAGUGCGGCGCCGAGACAAAACACGAAGGAAUCAUUCUGUAUUUGGAGGGAGUCGUUAAUUUACAACUUAGCAGCAAAACAGUGGGUCUAUUUGAUGCCUUCUACAACUCGGUGAAGCCCAUUAAUCUGCUACAGAAUAAUCUCGAGCUAUCUGCCCCGGGGAAGCUGAGCGCCGGUCGCUCCGAGUUCCAUUUCGAGCUGCCCCUGGUCUGCCGCAAGGAACCCCGCAUUCUGUACGAGACAUAUCACGGAGUAUUUAUCAACGUCAACUAUCAGCUGCAGUGCACCGUCAAGCGGAACUUUCUGGGCAAAUCCAUGACGAAGAUCCAACAGUUCUGUGUGCAAUACAAGCCGACGGGCCUCAGCGAAAACUCACUGCGGGCGGUGCCCUUUAGCCUGAGUCCGGACUCGCUGCAGAAGAAUGCCACGGCCAAAGAGCGCCUGUCCAUGCCCCGGUUUCUCAUCACGGGUCGUCUGGAUCGCAGUGAAUCGUGCGUAACGAUGCCCAUAACCGGCAGCAUUAUGGUGCAGCAUACGGAGGCCGCCAUCAAAUCGAUAGACAUGCAACUGGUGCGGGUGGAGACGUGUGGCUGUGACGAGGGAUACUCCAAGGACGCCACCGAGAUCCAGACCAUACAAAUCGCCGAUGGCAACGUUCUGCCCAAGCUGGAACUUCCCAUUUAUAUGGUACUUCCGCGGCUGUUCACUUGCCCCACGCUACUCACAAAAAACUUCAAAAUUGAGUUUGAAUUGAAUCUGGUCGUUGUGUUUAAGGAAGACUAUACAGUUAGUGAAAACUUUAAAAUAGUUUUCAAGCGCUCUGCAGGCCCAUUGCCCAGCAAAAUGACUACCGCAGGACGUUAAGCAAAUGCCCAAUCGAAUACGGCAGCUAAUUAUCUAUAAUCAAUGAAAAGUCUAGUUUACAGGCAGCUUUUAAGAGUAGAGUUGAAAUAUAUUUAUAACAAAACUA